ACUUGGCUCCUUCAAAUUUGCCGAAUAAUCCCCAAAUUUUCCCCCAAAAUCACCAUGGCUGCAGGCGCGAAAUACUCCCCCGCCGUCCUCCCCAUCUCCACCGCCGCCGCGCAGCCGCACAACUCCGCCGGAAAUCAUCAAUUGUCCUCCGCCAAUUCCCCCGUCCGCGUCUUCCUCACCGCCCUCUCCGACAACAUCCGAUUCGGCCUCGCCAAUCGCCGCCCCUGGUCGGAGGUCGUCGAUCGCGCCGCCUUCUCCAAGCCGGAGUCGAUCUCUGAGGCCACGCUCCGAUUGAGGAAGAAUUACAACUAUUUCCGCACCAACUACCUCACCAUUGUCACCGCCGUCCUCGCGAUCUCGCUCCUCACCCAUCCCUUCUCGCUCUUCCUCCUCUCCGGCCUCCUCGCCGCCUGGCUCUUCCUCUACGUCUUCCGCCAGGCCUCCGAUCCGCCGAUCGUCUGCUUCGGCCGCCAGUACUCCGAUCGGGAGACGCUGCUCUUCCUCAUCGUCUCCACCGUCGGCGUCAUCUUCCUCACCAGCGUCGGAUCCGUGAUCAUCUCGUCUCUAAUGAUGGGCGUCGGCGUUGUUAGCCUGCACGGCGCCUUCAGAGCGCCGGAAGAUCUGUUUAUCGAUGAGCAGCAGCCGCAGGGAGGCGUUCCUGGAUUCCUCACAUUGUUGAACGGCGGUGCCGCGGCCGCUGCUUCUCAGCAACCACCCGCUAUGCCUGCUAGGGUUUGAGUCCGUCGACGGUAGGGGCGAAUAAACUAUACUCCAUUUUUUUUUUUUUGAUUUCUAGAUUUAUUGAAAUAAUCUGUGGUAUGACACAUGAUGAAUUAACACAGUAAUUUGGUAUACAGUUAGCUAGAUUUAUAUAUGCACACACGUGAAUUUUGUUCAGGAGAUGUGUCUUUGUUCUUGAUCUGUGAGAUCCGCUGUUUUCUUUGGAUGUGAAUAUCAGAAUAUUAUUGUGUU